AUGGCUGAACUUUCCGUUCGGUCAUCGUUCAUUGAUAUGAACCCGUCGACUACUUCACGCGGAAACGGAGCAGACCACUUAAAGAAUCGACAGACGACCAACCGUCAAGUCUUCAACAUUUCGACGUCGUCCACGUGUCCCGUUUGCGACAGCCAUAAUCGACAUCCCCUGAGCCAAUGUCGACAAUUCAGGCAACUUACUGUGGAAAAGAGAGCAGCCAUCGUCAAGGAUUUUAAGGCCUGUUUUCGCUGCUUGGAGCGCGACCACCUGAGCCACGACUGUAAACGGCGAGAGCGAUGCUCAACCGCAAAUUGUGAGGGAUUUCACCACCCCUUGAUGCAUGGUGCCCCGAAAGUCUACCCGCCUAAACGUUCGGAAACAAGACAGUCGGACGCCGUUGGAGUAACCUUCACUGGAUCCACAGCCUCCAAUUCAACGUCUCGUCGAACCCUUUUACCAAUAGUGCCGGUAAUCCUGAAGGCAAAUGGAAUGGAGACUCGUACCUUUGCUCUCCUAGACUCGGGCAGCGAAAUCUCGGUCCUAAAACGACAAACCGCUGAUCAUCUAGGUAUUAGAGGGAGACUGGAGCGGACUACGACGAAGACUGUGAAUGGCGAAAGUCAAGCUGUCGACACUGAGGUCGUCUGCUUCACAAUCACCUCCAUCGAUCGGACAUUCGACUUCGAGGCAGUAGAUGUGCACGUCAUGCCGUCAUUUGAGCUUACCAAACGACCGUUCGACUUGGUUAAGUUGACGAAGACGUGGCCCCAUCUCUCCCACGUGCCUAUACAUUCAUUUAAAGCCGAAGAUGUUGCGGUUCUCAUCGGUCAGGAUCAUCCGGCGGCUCUGGAAAUAUUCGAAACACGGAAAGACCCGCUGCAACCAAGAUCUCCUCGCGCCCACUUAACUGCCUUCGGCUGGUAUAUCGCCGGUCCCACGCAUCGUUCAGGCUCACAAGGAGUAGGCUGUUUCCAUAUCAGCUCCGGCGAAGAUAAAAUAACGUACAUGGUUCGUCAGUUCAUCGAGGUAGACACGUUUGGGACGAAGCCGAACGUGAAGUCGCCGAUGUCGCAAGACGAGCAGCGAGCGUGGAAAAUUCUGCAAGAAUCGACUAAACAUAACGGCGAACGAUAUGAAUGUGGGCUGUUGUGGAAGACCGAUUCUCCAAAUCUCCACAACAACAUUUUCACUGCCGAACGACGGCUAUUCAAUCUGGAAAGGAGAUUCGAAAAGGAUCCCAGCUUGGCAGAGACCUAUCGCAGCGUUAUUGAAGGAUACGUCAAUUUAAAACACGCCCGAAAACUAUCGCGAACCGAAAUAGAUGAGGGACCUCUAGGCCGCAUCUGGUACAACGCCCACCACCCGGUAUUCAAUCCAAAUAAACCUGGAAAGUGUCGAGUGGUCUUCGACUUAAGAGCUAAGAGCCGAGGUGUCUGCCUGAACGACCUCCUAUUGAAGGGACCUGAUCUCUUGACCUGCCUCAUCGGCGUACUCCUCCGUUUUCGCCAGUACCACGUCCCCUUGGUGGCAGACGUAGAGAAGAUGUUUCAUCAGGUCCGGGUCCGGUCAUCCGACGGACCGGCCUUUCGUUUUUUAUGGCGCACACCCGGCAGCAAAGAACCACCGGAUGUGUACCAAAUGGACGUCCACCUAUUCGGAGCUGCUUCAUCUCCAGCUGUCUGCUCAAAUGCCCUUCGACAAGCAGUCAGAGACAGUGGUGAUGCAGAUACUCUCCUACCGCAAGUUACCCGCCAUUUCUACGUUGACAAUUGGCUGGUUUCGUUCCAAUCGGUCUCGGAAGCUUUGUCGACGGCCCAUCGUCUUACCGAAGCAUUGAAGGCAGGAGGCUUCCCUUUGACGCAAUGGGCUACGUCACAUACAGCCGUGCGAUCCGGUCUCCCCGAUAUGCAACACCGAGAACCCAUUAUAGACAUGGACCUGGACGCUUUACCAAUUGAGCGUACUCUCGGUUUAAUGUGGGAUUUUCGUCGCGAUGCCUUCGUUUUAAAAACGCCCGUCUCCCCAGUUGGUACUACGAAACGAGCCUUGUUAAGGGCGGUGUCCAGCAUAUUCGACCCCCUAGGCUUCCUCUCGCCCAUCGUGUUCCAAGCCAAACACCUGCUGCAAGAUGUUUGGCGUCGCCAAUUUGAUUGGGAUGACCAAUUGGAUUCCGACCUACAAGACCGUUGGAAACACUGGACCCACACCCUACCAUCACUGGACGGGCUGGAAUUGUCAGCUGCAGUCUUGGUCAUCCGACUUUCCAACUUGCUGGUGGAGGAGCUAGACAUCAAAUUCGACCGCGCGCUCUACUGGUCCGAUUCGACGACGGUAUUGAGCUGGAUCAAGUCAACUUCCUGCCGCUUCAACGUGUAUGUUGGAAACCGCGUCGGCGAAAUAUUAGAAACAUCGUUACCAGACCAGUGGCAUUACGUGCCGAGCAGCUUAAACCCGGCCGACGACGCCAGCCGAGCCUACCUACGGGACCCUGAAAACUGGCCCAAACACCCCUUUCUUCCCUCUAUCGAUCCCAGCGAUCCCGAAAUUCGUCCAUCUGCGUGGAUAGGCGCAGUACAGAGAGAAGAGGAUGGCAUUGAUGCGCUAAUCGCAAACGUUUCACGCAUCCACAUCAUCAUUCGUGCAGUGGCCUACGUGCAACGUUGGGUAAAAAACGUGCGAUCCUCCAGCGGUAAUCGUUCGUUUGGUGAGCUGAUGGCUGAAGAGAUUCGACAAGCCAAAGAGUUCUUGUUGAGGCGUGCUCAAAAGAAUGCAUACCAGUUGGAGAUUGUCCACUUACAAACAGGCCGUCAGAUUCCCUCUAACUCAACGUUAUUGAAAUUGGCACCCCACCUGGAUCAUCGCGGACUACUGCGCGUAGGCGGCCGUAUCGAAAGGGCUCCGCUUCCUAAAGACGCACGCCAUCCGAUCAUUCUUCCGCCUAAGGAACGCUUGACCGAGCUAAUUUUGUUCCAACUUCAUCGCGAACGCGGCCAUCUAUCCGCCGAGCAGCUUCAUCACGAAGCCCGAAAACAAUUUUGGAUACCGAAGGGACGUAUAACAACUCACCGCGUGUGGAACCUAUGCUAUAUCUGCCGCAGGUAUAGAGCUAAAGGUUCAACGCCUAAAAUGGCCGACUUGCCCGCGGUACGACUACGGGCCGGCCUACCAGCCUUCACGCACACCGGGGUAGAUUAUUGGGGUCCCGUGGAUGUCACCCUUUUCCGAAGGACGGUCAAGCGUUGGGGAUGCUUAUUCACCUGCCUCUCCUCACGCAGCGUUCACUUAGAGAUGGCCUACUCCCUCGACACCAGCUCUUUCAUCGCUGCACUUGAUCGGUUUCAGAACCGCCGUGGUGUUCCGGCAUCAUACCACAGCGACAACGGUACUAACUUCGUCGGUGCUCAUCGUGAAUUGGCCGUCUGCCUAGAAAAUUUAAACCAGUCGACCAUUCUCCGUCAUCUCAGCCGACAACCAACUUCGUGGCACUUCAACCCGCCAGCUUCUCCGCAUUUUGGCGGAGUAUGGGAGCGUAUGGUGCGCGCCGCAAAACAUGCGCUCCAAUUCGUUUUAGGUCGUCAACGUCUAGCAGAUGAAAUCCUCGUCACGGCGUUAACGCAUGUGGAGAACAUUCUCAACAGCCGCAAGUUGACCCCGCUAACCGAAUACCCGAGCGACCCAGAAUGUUUGACGCCAAACCAUCUUUUGCUAGGUCGAGCAAACCCGAAUGUUCCUCCAGACGUUUUUUCUGACCAAGACCUCUCAUCGAAAAAACGCUGGCGUAUUUCUCAAGCCAUUGAAGACCAGUUUUGGCGACGCUGGAUGCGCGAGAUCGUACCAGGCCUUACCGAGCGGAAAAAAUGGUACGAAACCCAAAACAAUUUGGAGGUCGGUGAUAUCGUCAUCAUAAUCGACGCAGCCACUCCGCGCGGUUCUUGGCCCCUUGGAAGAAUCACGGAAGUCUUUGCUGGGCCUGACAAAGUUGUCCGAUCAGCCAUGGUCCAAGUGCGUGGCACCAAAUUACAUCGCCCAGCUCACAAACUCUGCCUUCUAGAGUCCGUCAGCAUACGAAAAAUGUGUCCAGUCAAACCGGACCUAGGGCCGGCGAUGUUCGGGAGUCCCAACACCCGCACAAGUAGCGCUAAUCCUUUAAAUUCGAGAAAGGCCCCAAGACCCAGACGUCAGGUGACAUUCUCGCCAGACACCUCCUCGAGCCAUUAG